GAAUUUUUCCAAAUUGUGUCCAAUUCUUGUCAAUUGAACACAAUGAAGUCGUUUUUAACUGUUACCUGCUUUGCAAUCAUUAUUAGCCAAUGGAGUCCUUCGACUUUUGGCUGCCAAACUCCUUCCACAACUUCAACCACACCUAAAAAAGAUUGGUGGCAAACAGCUCAAUUCUAUCAAAUAUAUCCGCGAUCAUUCAAAGAUUCUAACGGUGAUGGAAUUGGUGAUUUAAAAGGUAUCACCUCGAAAUUGGAUUAUCUCAAAGAAAUUGGAGUUACAGCAACAUGGUUAUCACCAAUUUACAAAUCACCUAUGGCUGAUUUUGGCUAUGAUAUUGCUGAUUUUUUCGACAUUCAAGAUGAAUAUGGAAAUUUAGAUGAUUUUGCUGAACUUGUUAAACAAGCUAACAAUAAGGGGCUGAAAGUUAUUCUUGAUUUUGUACCAAAUCAUUCGAGUGAUGAAAAUGUUUGGUUUACUAAAUCAGUGAAUCGUGAAAGAGGUUAUGAAGAUUUUUACGUGUGGCAUGAUGGUAAGAAGGAUGCUAAUGGAAAUCGUAUUCCACCAAAUAAUUGGUUACAAGCAUUUAGAGGAAGUGCCUGGGAAUGGAAUGAAAAACGUCAGCAAUACUAUCUUCAUCAAUUUGCUGUUAAACAACCUGAUUUGAACUAUCGUAAUCCUGCAGUUGUGGCUCAAAUGAAACGUGUUUUAACUUAUUGGCUCGAUCGUGGUGUUGCUGGCUUCCGUAUUGAUGCUGUACCAUGGUGUUUUGAGGUUAAUGCUGAUGCAAAUGGCGAUUAUCCUGAUGAACCUGUUAGUGGAUUCACUGAUGAUCCAGAAGAAUCUGCUUAUCUUAAGCAUAUUUACACACAAGAUCAACCGGAAACUGUUGAUAUGGUUUAUCAAUGGCGUAAGUUGCUCGAUGACUAUCAAAGAAUUCAUGGAGGCGAUACAAGAGUCUUGCUUAUUGAAACUUAUUCUGGAUUGGAUUACGUCAUGCAGAUGUAUGGAAAUAAGACAACAGAGGGCGCUCAGAUACCUUUCAACUUUCAGUUCAUUUUGGAUGGUAACAAGGAUUCCGUACCGGCAAGGUAUGCAGAAAUCAUAAAAUUGUGGAUGGAUAAAAUGCCUGCCGGAAAGACUCCAAAUUGGGUGAUGGGUAAUCAUGAUCAAAGAAGAGUUGGAAGUCGAUAUGGCAAGGAACGUAUUGAUAUAAUGAAUAUGAUUCAAAUGAUUCUUCCUGGAGUUAGUAUAACUUACAUGGGUGAAGAAUUGGGUAUGCUUGAUGGUGAAAUAACUUGGGAACAAAGUAAGGAUCCAGCAGCUUGUAAUUCGAAUCCACAAAUUUAUGAGAAAUUUACCAGAGAUCCAGCUAGAACUCCAUUCCAAUGGGAUACAUCGGUAGCAGCUGGAUUCUCAACAAAUUCCAAUACAUGGUUGCCAGUUAAUCCAAAUUAUGUUGAUAUCAAUGUUCAAAAUGAACGAAAUACUAAGAGUCAUUUGAAUGUUUAUAAACAAAUGGUUGAACUUAGAAAAACUGAUGUUUUGAAAUUUGGUACCGUUCAAUAUGGUAUGGUUGGUAAUGGAGUUUUGGUUAUCAAGAGAACUUAUCAAGGUAAAUCUUAUGUGUUAGUGGCAAAUAUCUUAGGAACACCUGAUACUGUUAAUUUAAGUUCGAAUACACAACUUAACAUUUCGGGAUCGCUUAGAGUUAAAAUUCCAAGUGUUGAUUCGAGCAAACAAGCUGGUGCUUCUGUGGUUACAACUCAAUUAUCAUUGGGACAAUAUGAAGCAGUAGUAUUGGAAUCAUAAUUAUGAAAAUAUUACGUUAUUAUUUUUUAAAUCUAAAAAACACUAGCAAAACUUAUAAUUAAAAAUAAAAUUAAAAUAGUUCAAUAAAA